GAGAGAGAGAGAGAGAGAGAGAGAGAGAUAGUUUUCUUCAGAUUCAAAAUAUUCCACCUCCGUCCUUCUGCAUGUUCACUCACACACGAAACGUCUCACAGCACCUCACACUGAGGAUGCAGGGAACUUCUCAUCUUAAUCCACGGAUAAGAAGUGUUUUCUUUCUUUUCUGUAUUCAUUCGCGUGCUGCAUCAUGAGCGCUGAAUGCAGCAGUUACUACAGCGCUGACGGUGUGUUUGUGGACGGAUUCUCAUGCCCCAGACCGGGAAAUGCCGUUGCUGCUGUCUACUGCUGCGGAUUUAAUGAUGUCAAGUAUUGCUGUGACGAUCCCAACAGUUUUUUCCCGUAUGAGUACGGAUACAUGUGGUGGCUGAGUAUUGGCGCUCUGGUUGGUCUUUCCAUUGCAGCAGUGGUCCUCCUUGCCUUCCUCAUCACUGUGUGUGUCCUCUGCUACCUUUUCAUUGCCACCAAGCCCAGUUGUCUUGACAACGGCCUACCCCUCAGAACGCCAGCAGGAGAGCCCAAUGAAGGACCCAUUCACGGGAGAGCAACCUGCGUCUCUGGUCCGCAGGGAUUUAGGAAACAUUUCAUGAGCAGGAAACUUGACUGUGAUAACCAGCCACCAGACCCCGAGCUCCUGUUCCAGAGGUGUUUCACAGCUACCGCCUCCGGCCUGAAAGUGGAAAAUCCUUCGUAGGCUGCGGAGAGACUUAUUGUUAAAAAAAAUGAGGCCAGCAGUCCAGAAAUCAAGAGAGUCAGUGUGCCUGAAGGCAGAAUGUGCUACCAGGGGACUGCUGGGACAAA